CCUGGAACCGCCCUCCGCCAAACUAUCCCGGCCAUGUGCCAUUGACCUUUUUCGAGCGCGGAGCUUUGGCCGUCGGCUCUGCUUUUGGAGCUCUCAUUAACCCUCGCCGAGCUGGUGCGUCUUAAACCCUUUGUUUUUCCUCAUCAACCUCGCCCCGCAUUCUCCUCUCCGCAAUCACGCCUCCUCCCCUCUAUAUCCAAUGACCCACACUAACCACGAACACGAUCACCAAACAGAUCUCAUCGCAACCUGCGGCGAAGCCACGGCAACCCCCUACUUCAUCUACCGCCUGCGCGACGCGAUGCUCUCCGACCCGACGGGGCGGCAGAUCCUCCGCGACCGACCGCGCAUCACCUCCCAGACGCUCCAGAUGUCCUACCUGCGCACGCUGCCGGAGAACACGGUGGGGCGGACGUACGCGACCUGGCUGGACCGCGAGGGCGUGUCGCCGGACACGCGGGACAACGUGCAGUACAUCGACGACCCGGAGUGCGCCUACGUCAUGCAGCGGUACCGCGAGUGCCACGACUUCUACCACGCCGUGACGGGCCUGCCCAUCUUCGUGGAGGGGGAGCUGGCGCUCAAGGCGUUCGAGUUUCUGAACACGUUGAUCCCGAUGACGGGGCUGAGCCUGUUCGCCUCGGUGCGGUUGAAGCCCGCCGAGCGCGAGCGGCUGUUCAAGAUCUAUCUGCCGUGGGCGGUGAAGAGUGGCCUGAAGAGCAAGGAGCUCAUCAAUGUCUACUGGGAGAAGAUCCUGGAGAAGGAUGUCGGCGAGCUGCGCGAGGAGUUGGGCAUCGAGAGGCCGCCGGAUAUGCGCGAGAUCCGGAGGAUGAUCCGCAUGCAGAAGAAGAGGGAGAAGGAGGCGGCUGCGGCGACGGCCGGGUUGUAGUGUGUUGGACUUUGGCUUGGUAGUGGUGAUACCUGUGUAUAUUAUAGUAUUGCAUGGCAUGGAUAUAUUGUUCUUUCUGGUUUAAAAGAAUUUCCUUGAUUUGGUUGGUGGAUCUACGUGGGUUGAUAGAGAGGUGUGAAGGAGGACUCAAAGGUCACGCGGAGUAGGCUGUACGCAAGCCGGCCUUCCGC